UCCGCCUCCGGGGCGAAGGCUCCUCCCCCGCCAUCCCAAUCGUAUUCCCUGGAAGAGCCAGCGCCCGCUCCGGCCCGCUCCCGACGGGCUUAGCUAGGAGCCGGUCGCUCCCACAGCCCGCUUCCGGAUCCCCCAAAUCGCCGAGGCGGCGGUCACCGCAGCACGAGCCGGGCCCGGCUUCAGCACCACGGACAGCGCCCAGCCCGGGCGCGCGAGUGAUCGGGGCGCGGCGGCGAGCUAUGCCCGCAGCAUGGCCCGGCGCUCGGGGCCCGUGGCGCUGCUCUUCAGCUUCGGCCUCUUUGGGCUGUGCCCAGAGGUGUGGGGGACAGAUACGGAGGAGCGGCUGGUGGAACAUCUCCUGGACCCUUCUCGCUACAACAAGCUCAUCCGCCCAGCCACCAAUGGCUCUGAGCUGGUGACCGUCCAGCUCAUGGUGUCGCUGGCCCAGCUCAUCAGCGUGCAUGAGCGGGAGCAGAUCAUGACCACCAAUGUCUGGUUGACUCAGGAGUGGGAGGAUUAUCGCCUCACCUGGAAGCCUGAGGAGUUUGACAACAUGAAGAAAGUUCGGCUCCCAUCCAAGCACAUCUGGCUCCCAGAUGUAGUCCUAUACAAUAACGCUGACGGCAUGUACGAGGUGUCCUUCUAUUCCAACGCCUUGGUCUCCUACGACGGUAGCAUCUUCUGGCUGCCGCCCGCCAUCUAUAAGAGCGCGUGCAAGAUCGAGGUCAAGCACUUCCCAUUUGACCAGCAGAACUGCACCAUGAAGUUCCGCUCGUGGACCUACGACCGCACCGAGAUCGACCUGGUGCUCAAGAACGACGUGGCCAACCUGGACGACUUCACACCCAGCGGGGAGUGGGACAUCGUGGCUCUGCCAGGCCGGCGCAACGAGAACCCGGACGACUCCACCUACGUGGACAUCACCUACGACUUCAUCAUCCGCCGCAAGCCGCUCUUCUACACCAUCAACCUCAUCAUCCCCUGCGUGCUCAUCACCUCCCUGGCCAUCCUGGUCUUCUACCUGCCGUCCGACUGCGGCGAGAAGAUGACGCUGUGCAUCUCCGUGCUGCUGGCGCUCACCGUCUUCCUGCUGCUCAUCUCCAAGAUCGUGCCGCCCACCUCCCUGGACGUGCCGCUCAUCGGCAAGUACCUCAUGUUCACCAUGGUGCUCGUCACCUUCUCCAUCGUCACCAGCGUCUGCGUGCUCAACGUGCACCACCGCUCGCCCACCACGCACACCAUGGCGCCCUGGGUCAAGGUCGUCUUCCUGGAGAAGCUGCCGGCGCUGCUCUUCAUGCAGCAGCCGCGCCACCGCUGCGUGAGUGAGGACUGGAAGUACGUGGCCAUGGUGAUCGACCGCCUGUUCCUCUGGAUCUUCGUCUUCGUCUGCGUCUUCGGCACCAUAGGCAUGUUCCUGCAGCCUCUCUUCCAGAACUACACCACCACCACCCUGCUCCACCAGGACCACUCGGCUCCCAGCUCCAAGUGAGGGCCCCCCUCGCGCCAUGCCCCUUCCCCUCUCUGCCGGCUGCUGUGGUCUGGGGCUGCGCGAGUGAGCAACCAGGCAGAGGGGCGUGGCCCCACAGAUCCACCCAUUACUUCACCUGGAGCCCCUCCCGCGCACACCCCUCCACCCACACAACCAACGCCAACCUGGAGGCUGGAGCAGUUGCCCCGUGUCUUGGCCACGCCCCUCCUCCUGUACCAAGCCAGGCAGCCCUGGUGGCUGCAGAGGGUGGAGGCGAAACUGGACAGGGCUGUCUGAGCCUUCCACCCUGGGGAGUGUCCGACUGGGAGGAGCCAAGAAGGGGACUAAUGCAUCUGCCUCCGGGUCACAGGGGGAGCGCAAGCCGGAUUGUGGGAGGACAGGGACUUGGACUGUGGGCGGGGUGGACACAAGAUGGACACAAGCUCAGAAGGGAGGAGCUGACGGCCGCUCUGUUCUGGUGGACAGAGGACAGCGGUUCCUACCUGGAGGGCUUAGGCGGGUGCUGAGCGCAGACCCCGGGAGUCUUCCACCUCAGCCUCAUGCUUCCCAGGGGCUCAGAGCCCAGCACCCCAGGCCCCGUUCUGGUCCAGUGAAGAAUUCUCCACUAGACGCCCCGUCUUCUCGCUCAGGCUCAAUGAGUAGACGACAGUGUGUGGACACAGUUGAGCUUUAGUUGGGCCUCCCAGGUCAGAGUGUGGGUGACUUGCUCAGAGUGAGAAGUGCAGGUCCCCACAUCCCCCCCAGCAGGAAGAGCCCCUAGUGACUACAGGCAGAAGCCAUGCGACAUCGGCUGCCCACUCACGCAGGAGACCUUCUGCAGCGCUGGGCCUUUGACCUUCAGCGCAGACACCCAUCUGGAGUGCCCUGUCUUUCUGCCCACUCGGGAGCGACUGACUGUGGAGGAUUUCCGUGGGAAGCAGACCCAGCCUGGUGCAAGCUGUGGGACUGGCCGCACUAGCACCGCUCCGUGUCCUUCCAGCCCACUGUCCAUCCUUUCUGCUCCAGAUCCCUCUCCCAACCAACCUGAGCACUGUGAAGCAGACCGUGGGAAGGGCAGCUGGACUAAAAGGGUGGCCUUCCCUGUCCUGCGAGCCCCCGGAGGGAGGCUGGCUCCUGACACUGCUCCCGGGGGUGAGCUGGAGGCCGCCUGGCCAGUUCCUCCAGGAAACAGACUCCCAAGGGCCCUCUGGUCCACCCCUCCCCUCCCUUCCCUCCUACUUGCCUGGCUCCAGUUUGUGGUUCCAGCUGAUGCUCAGUGAGGAAGGCUGGCAGAUGGAGGGUUGCCCAGGGGUCAGUCUGCUAGGUGCACUCUUGGGGCCUGAGGGUCUCUGGGGCCCAGCAGGGAACAGGUGCUGGUGGGCAGAGCAGAUGGCACAGGCGAAGAGUGCUGGGCAGGAUCCCAGAGCGGCAGGUUUGUUGGGGCGACCCCACUGUGAGGCCCUGGUAUUGCCUCCCCCACCACCGCUCCAGGAAACAGACUCCCAUUUAUAUGCUCUGGGGAGCCAUGAUCCUGGAAUUGGUGCCAUCAGGGAAGCUCCUGGCCCCUUACCAUGGUGGGGGCUACCUUGGGAGAGGAGGCGCCCCACACCGUGCUGUGGUCCUGAGGCUGGUGGGCAGCUAGGACAGGAGCUGGGCCGGUCUCCCGGAGGCCCACUGGCACCCAUAGCCCUUUCUGAGGGGGCAUGCCCAGGCUUUCUGCCCCUGGCGGCUGGCAGUGCUGCAGGAGGGGCCGAUGGAUUGGGAAUUUAAACACCCGGGAGACCUGAGCAACCCUGGCUGAAUAGGGGCUGUCUGCAGAGGAAGGCUCUUUUUGGAGGGGGGAGCUCCGUUCCCUCUAAGGAAAACAAGGCUCUUGGGAGGGCUUGGGGGCUGUGGCCCGGGCUCUGUCCUCCCCAUCACUGUUCUGGUUAGUGUUCACCCAGGGUCUGCUCUUAGCCCGUUUCUUCAGAUGCACUGGCUUACUCUCACAAUUCUGUAGGGGGCGCUGUUUUAUAGGAAGUGGCUCUCUAAGAAGCCAAUGGACACGGUUGGUCACUCCAUGCUUAGGGAUACCCAGCAGGGUCUUCUGACAUCACUCCCCGCCCAAGGGUGGACUGGGUUCCAGCCAGUCGUUCUGUUUCUAGGCAGCCAGGGCUGGCGGGUCACAGCUCCCUCACCCUCGAACUGCUGCUGGCCGGCCUCCGCUCCUGAUACUGACUGGAUGGAGAACGGGGACCCCCUUUCAUCCCAAGAGGCCAAAGUAAUAACCCCAGGGCUCUUAGAGGACCGCUGGUCUGAUUGUCUCAAGGACACCUCACUCACCCACCCUGAGGAUGCCUGCUUCCCCCACUGGUCCUUCUCUGCACUCCUGGAGCAUCUGCCCUCCCUGGUCCAGGCCUGCCCAUGCCAGGCGCAUUAGGAAAUCAAGAUUCGUGGAAAGAAGAUUGUUUGCAAAGA